UACACACGACACGUAUAUCUCUACGUUCGUUAGGGUUUUGAAAAUUGAAAAUUUGAAACCAAAAGACCGCCAUUUUCUCUCAAAUCGAGCUUCCCCAUCGUAACUUGUGUCCCUCAUUUCAAAUCCUCAUCGUACUAUUCCCCUAUCGUCGAGAAGAAAUCUGGGUGAACAAAAUCAAUUUCAGUUCAUAUCUCAGAUGGAUUUUCCAACGGAAACAGGACCAAAGAAUGUUGAUUCAUCCUUGUGGCCACAUAAUUCUAAGUCAUUACUAGAAAUAUUAACAGAGAUAAAUCAGAAUGUUCAAAAAAUGCUAAGAUUGAUCAAAGAUGGUGAACCUGAGUCUAAAGAGAGGUUUCUUUGCUUAUAUCAGUCUCUUGGUGAGACUUACCACGAAUUGAACCAAGAGCUCAUCAACGGCCUCCUCAAAUUUGAUCUUAAGCUUUCGUGUUCAGACCACUACGAUGCCUCUUCCCUUGCAACUUCAAUGGCGCAUUUGAGCUCCUUUGACUCUGAUGUUUCUCCUUCUGUGGUGUUAGAUUCGGAGCCAGGAUCCACAUCUCUUAAGCACCACACGGUCUCACCAGGGAGCAAAACGAGCAGCGAAAUGGCUCCGAGCGAGGUUGAGAAGAACCAGUCUGCGUUUUCGCUUGCUGAUAUCUUUCGUGCGGAGCUAGAAACCUCACUGAGCGAGUUAGAAGCCAGAGACAGACGCGUGGUCGAGUUAGAGAGUAAGCUAUCGGAUUCGAGUUCCAAGAUUCAGAGUCUAGAAAGGGAGCUCGAGGAGUGUAGUGAGUGUUUAGAGGUAUCAGACGUUGAGGUUUUAAAGCUGAUGGAAAUGUUGAAUGAAUGCAAGAACGAGAAAUCGAAGCUGCAGACGGAUAAUGAUGGUGCUGAGUUGUUAGAUAGCCUAAGAGCAGAGUUGAGAUCAAGAGAUAUACAGAUCGAGCAAAUGGAGGAGUACUUGAACCAGGUUUGUGUUAAAGACACUGAGAUUAUGUCUGAAUCAGGAGGAACCGACAAGAAUGCCAUGGAAGAAUUGAAAAGUAGAGUUGAAGAGCUGGAGAAUCUAGUGGAGCUGCAGAGAGAUGUGAUAUCACAAAGAGAGGAAGAGAAAAGGGAAGCUAUAAGAGAGCUUUGUUUCUCUCUGGAUCAUUACAAGAGCAGAUACAUUGGACUUGUGAGAUCACUUUCAGGCAAUAACAAGGUAAACUGAUUUGUAGAUAGUAUCCAAAACUUGUAGAAGAGAUGAUUAGGCUUGUGCUUGUAUGAUGCAAAUUAAGAUCUAAUUUUCAUCUUGUAAUCAGAAAUUUCAUUUUAAUUUUUUGAGGUAAACAUAUGUUGCAUCAUCUUUUCACAUAAUUUUGAUUGAAAGAGUAUGAAAAUGCUAAGAGAAUGUUAUUUAAAUGUAAACUGAUUUUAA